GGCCAGAUAGAAAAAAAGCUAAAGAGAACUAACCAUGGUUUUGUUUGUUAUUUAUCUUAAUCAGCAGGAAAAAGAAGAUAAAAAAGCUGAAAAAGUUGAUUUUCGUCGAUUAGGAGAAGAAUUCUGUCACUGGUUCUUUGAACUUCUUAAUUCUCAGAAUCCUCUUCUGGGACCACCUCAAGAUGAAUGGGGGCCUCAGCACUUCUGGCAUGAUGUCAAGCUUAGGUUUUAUUAUAAUACCUCUGAACAAAAUGUGAUAGACUACUGUGGAGCAGAAAUUGUGAGCCUUCGUCUGCUAUCACUAGUGAAAGAAGAAUAUCUUUUUCUCAGUCCUAACCUAGAUUCCCGUGGACUGAAAUGUGCUUCUUCUCCCCAUGGUCUAGUUAUGGUUGGAGUUGCUGGGACUGUCCACCGAGAGAACACUUGUUUGGGCAUUUUUGAACAAAUUUUUGGACUCAUACGCUGCCCCUUUGUGGAAAAUACUUGGAAAAUCAAAUUUAUCAACCUGAGAAUUAUUGGAGAGGCUUCUCUUGCUCCUGGAACAUUAAUGAAACCAGCUAUUACAUUUGAAUCCAGUGAUCUAGAGGCCUUUUAUAAUAUAAUUACUUUAUGUGGUACCAACGAAGUAUGACUUAACGUGAAGCAGGCAUUGGAUAGUGGAACUGGAGACCAAGCUUAAUGCAGUGGACAUGAGACAUUGUUGAACAAAAGAGUUUACCCAACCCUCUAAAGCACUAAGUAUUGUAUGUCAUCUAAAAAACCUUCUCUACAGAAACUCUUCCAAAUAGCACAUUAGUAAUGUCUAAGUGAUUUCAGGUGCGAGGAUUGACAUAUUUUACUUGAAAUCUCUUUUUUGACAACAGACUAAACAUGUUAUGUGAUACUUGCCUCUUUCUACCUGAGUUGCAAAUGUUCUGAGAGCUAAUGCAGUUCAUCAAAUUAAUCCCACUUGAGAUGGUAUAACUAACAGUGUGCCUUAGAAACCAGGGUAACAAGAAUUUUGGAAGCAGAAGGAAGAAACUCAUCUCUUGUUAUUUUAAUGCCAUGGCUUUUAUGAGGAGUACAAAAUGACACAUCCUAAAAUAAGAACUUAAUAAAGGAGGGAAAUUCCUGUUGUCUGCUAAAAGAAUAGUAUAUUGUUUAGACUUAAAGUCAGGUAAUUGGUUUUUUCCUUUAAGUAUAGAGUGUUAUUAUAACAUGUACUCAAUAAAUAUCUUAAGUAAAGGAUAAAAAUUAUUCCCAUCUGUUUUCUUGUGGUAUGGAUGAUAAGUACUGCAGAAAGAUUUCUACGGAUGCUCAGGAUGAGCAGAAGUUGCCUCUGACUACCUUUAGUAUUGACUUUUUGAGUUCGUGUAAUGUUCAAGUAGGGCUGCAAUCUUUGUGUGUUCUUUUAACCAACAUUAGAAAUAUGAAAUCUUCCUGAUAAACUCUCUUGAGAAUUGGAACUGUGUUUUAUUUUCUGUGAAUCCCCACAGCUGGGCAACACAGUAGGACCUAAUGUUUAACUGAAUAGGUGAAAGAAUGAGCAAAAGAAGCUUACAUACUGUAUAAAAGACUUUUCUUUGGUUC